AGCUCCUAUGGGGCCGCCAUCUUGUUUGGGGGCAGAGGAGCCGUUAGAAGCGUUAGAGGCGCGUGCGGCUCAGGCGGCACUGGUGCCGCCCGCCCAGGACCCUCCGCUCUGGCGGGGAGCGGCCGCCCCGCGGUCUUCGGUCUUGCUUUCCUCCCUAGAGAAGCGCGUGAGAUGCCCACAUCUCCCACACUUGGUAAAGGCACCCAAACGUGGGUAGUAUGUGAACAGUUUGCAGCUGUUGUGUUAGAAGCUACUGUAUCUUCAAGUGGGCGUGUGUUCCAGGAGUGUUCAGUUCCUCAUUCCCACUGAGUUCCUAAUUCCAUCACCAUAGGAAGCUACUUCUUUACUAAGGAGCAGCUUACACUGACCUAUGAUGGCAUCCAACAAAUUUGUCAUUAAGUUUAACAAGAUAGGAGAAAUAUCUUUGAUUUUGAGCAGAUUUUAGCUGAUAUGCUGUGAACUCUUGCUAUCAUCAAUAUUAAUCUUGCUGGUUCAGCAGACACUUCAUUCAGCGUGUACUCUGACACUACCAGGCAGCUGAAUGUCACUGGCUGUCUGAGCAAACUAUCAUUCAGAAUGUGUUUGCAGACAGAUCCUCUUGCAUGAGAUCUUGAAUCUUCAGCAAAACAAAGAUUUUAUUCCUUUUUCUGUGUCACUGGCUGGCUAUGUACAUAUUAAAUAGCAUUCAAGCGGAGAAUCACUUUAAAGACGUUGCAUCAAAUGGACGUUGAAAAAUCGUUAGUUGUUAGUCCUAAGGAAAGUGAGGAAGAGAACAGAGUGUGGGAACUUUGCUGUUUUGGUGGAUGCUCACAUUUUGCCUCAAGGCUCCAGUAAAGACACCAGCUGGUUUUCAGAUCAUGAGAAAGAGGAGCUCAGCAUGCUGCUAGAAGAAGUUGUUGCUUCAAGGGUAAAACACUACUUGGAAGCGCGUAAACAACGUGGUCAGUGGAAAUCAAUGGAACGUGCACCAUCUGGUCCUUUGUUUCUUACUGCCAACAGUUUUCACAUUACUGCCUACUUUAUGAAGAGAUGGGUUAAUCUCCGUUGUGCUGUAGGGAAACAUUAUCGUGAGCUACGUGUGUUUCCGGACAGAUUUAUAGUUUGUGUCAGUAAACUUGAAUCUAAUCCAAGUACUUGGACAUGUGAAAAUGGUGUAUUGCAGGAAGAAGAACUUUCCAAUGGGAUGUCUGAAUAUUUUACUGAAUCUGCUGAGAGCAAGAAGCAUGAGAUUAGUCUGAACGAGCAAAUAAAGCAAGACAUCUUGAAAGAAAUUGUGAAAAGGAUAAAACCAAGGAAAAGUAGCACAAGCAAACCUCAAAUCAGCAAGGACUCCAAGAAAGUGUAUCUUGGCUCGGUGGACUCACAGACAGGGGACAGAAAGAAGAACUGUCAGAUUUCUCUCAGUCCUCAACCUGAAGAGAAAUGUAGAAAUACGGGGCAGCUAAAGGACUGCAUAAGUACAGCUGAGAGCAACUUGGAGCUUCCUGUUUUAGAGCUGGAAAAUUAUGUUAAUCAGAGACAGCCAGAUGAUGUUAGCAGCCAGCAAAAACCUCACUCUGUGGAAUGGUUGAAGUCGAGUCUUCUAAUUGAGAACCCUCCUUGUAGCUCUGAGUCAGCACUGUUAGAUCCAAAACAAAGUCAAAAAGUGACCAAAACACAGUCUCAACAAAAGAGCUGUAGUUCAGAAGACAAGUUAGCAUAUUUAACAGAAGUAUCCUCUGAAGAGACUCUAAUUCCUAGCAAUACAGAAAAGAGUAAGUGCAAUGAUGAUUGUUUGAGUCUAUUCCUGGAGGAGAAGACCCCACUUAAGUCCAGAUUGUUUUCUAAACAAGACUUGACAAAGACUGCAUCUGAUGAGGAGUGUCUAACUUUGGAAGAAAACCUCUCCCGGCCCCUGUCAGUGAGGAACAAUGUAAUGCAGACCAGCCAAUAUGAGCCAAGCACAACCACUGAAGAGUUGCCUGUGAUGUCAUCAUCUCGUUUAGAACUGCAGGCCGUGUCUUCAGAAAAGCUUACCCAUAAGAGAAAAAAAGAAGAAGAAAAUGGUCUCAGGAAGUUAAAACUGCGGAGGCUUAAGAAGUCAUAAAGCCUCGAAUAUUACCUCAAUGGCAUAGUUGGACAGCCGAGUUUGUGCUCAGAAAACAUAUGCAAAAAGUAGGAAGUGAUUAAUGAAAAAUAGUCACAAUACUAAGUCAAAAUUAAAUAAAACUUUUAAAGAAAAAUUAGUUAACUAAGUAUUUUAGUCAUUUGGAACUCCAAUGAAGAUAAUUCUGUUAAGUCUUUAGACAUUAAUAUCGUACAAACCAGUAUAGUAUUUAUAGAAAGAAAAAAAUCUUACAAUAUUUACUGAGCAAAAUUUAGAUCUGUGUAUGUUUUAGUACCAUUAAGCAUUAAGUCCUCUCAGCUUAUGACAGCAAAAGUUAAAACCACUUUUGUUAUCUGUUAGAGGCUGCAGUUUUUCAGUGUUUUGCUUGUUUCUGAACAUAUAUUUUAUUUUAGUACAAAUGAAUCUUUCUCUCUGUUAGGAAAUUCAUGAUUUGUUCAUGUGAUUUUUACAACAGUAAGGCUAAUUGAGAUUAUUUCAAACAAUAAACCAGGCUUUAUUGUUCCUGAUAAUUUAAGGCCAACCUUUUCAGUGAGGUUUCAAAGUAAGUAUAGUUUGUGCUCGUGCAGUUUUGAUAGCAACAUGUAUUUCUAACCUGGAUUGUGGAUGCAAGUGAUCAUGCAUUCAGUCUCUGGAGAAAGGAAGAUUGGUUUUAUACAUGCAGUCACCUGAAUGUGCAAGCAUAAUUGCUGGGAGAUGUUCUUACAUAAGCGUGCAUACACAUCUUCCUGCAUUCAUGUUUCAAAAUCAGGCCAUAUCUGUGUGCAAGAACUAUUUAUCAGGUAUUAGUGAUGCACAAGUUAUUUCUUAUUUGAAGUUAGGGGUAUUUUUUAAUUGCACUGUGCUUUUUAAUACUUCUUUUGUAACUUGUAUGCUAACAUGCUAAGGAAAUGUAAAUUUUGUAUUUCGUACUUAUCCUUUUGAAAUAAAAUUAUAAGAUGUUGUUUCCUCAUUCUCUCAAAAUCAGCGUGACCACAGACAUUUUGCAUGAAGCAGUUUUGAAAAACCUUACUGACAUACACUUAUGAUGGUGGAUAUCCUCAUUUAGGUUAAUAAGAAGACUCAUAUCCGUAAGCAUUAGAGUUGGUAGUGUAAUGCAGGUCUUUGUGAGAGUUAGCAACUUGGCACUGGACAGCAAGAUGCUGUCAAUUGAGCAGCAUUUUUCUGCUAUAAUCAACCUCUACUUUUGCAUAAGUCAAAAAGAUUCUGUAUGGCUGCUAGAAGAUACUUUGUCUUUUUUCUUUUCAAGCUGUUUGCAUGAUGUCUCUCACAGUGCUUUGCAAAUGCUUACCAAUCUGCAGGCUCUGCCAAAAGUUCUUUUCUGGUAGCAAGCAAAACUGGGGCUGCAAUGAACCUGGGUUUGGAGGAAAAGUAGGCUGAGGUAGGUUUGCUCUUGUCUUCUGUAUGGGCUCGAGGUACUGGGCCAGGAAGGGAGUAAAAGGCACCGUUUUGAUGUAUGUACAACAGAUAUAAGGACAUUUAAGUAUUUAUCAGAAAAAUAAAUUAUUCUGUCUUAAUUACUCCUAAUAUUUAUAUUAAAGUUUUAGCAUACGUUUUCUGGAUGGCUUCUUUAAGUGCUUGCAGUGAAUAAGCGGAUAAAAAGUGGUGCAAGUACCUAUUCUAGACUGCAGGUUUAACUUGCCAUUAUUUCUGCUUUGCUUUUGUUUGAAUCCCUGAAUUUCCCACGAUGUUUUUGGCUGUAACAGCUACAGGAGAGCUUUAGGUGAUUAUACAGUGCCAGACACGUUGAGUUUACGAAAUCGCUUCAGUUACUUCUUCGCAGUUCAUUUUGAUUAGGAAAAAGACCUUAUGCUUGCUUUGUUGAACUGGCAAUCAUACUGAUCUUGAGCAGGUAUGCCCCAAACUGUUACUGCUUACAGUUCUGGAUUCUGGAGCUUCCCCCUUUUUCACCCUUCUCCUUUUCAAAUCCAUUUAAUUAAACUAUUAGAAACCAAAGGGCAACCACAAAUAAUUUGUAUCAUUGCAUGCUCAUGCUCAUAUUAUAUGUAAUUCAACCUUAAAAUUACAAUUUAGUUUUCAUCUUAACUGGAAAACAUACCUGCGUGCACCUAAAUUUAUAGGGGGCUUGAGUAGAUUAAAUCGUUGAUUUUUCCUGUAGGAUGUUCUGUUAAUUACUUACAAUGCUGUUUCCCAUCACAUCGCUGAGGGCAUGGGAGCAUUCUCCUUUUAAAAUAGUGAUCUUCUACCAGCUAAGAAAUGUAGGGCUAGAUUGGUUGAAGGUGUCGGAGCCUAGAGAGUCAGAACAAAUACAAGUGGACUUUCUCAAAAGUGCAUAGCUGAAUCACCCUUAUUGUAAUAACUGACUUGCGAGGUUCCUGGGCUCUGGCAUGGUGUAUUUAGAGCUUAGUUUAAAAAGCUGCCUCUUGGAUCCUGUUAGAAAUGUGUCUGUUCAGGGAAAAGCCUUGAUUUCAUGAUAAUUUCUGGAUUUCAGAUGGUGUCACUGCUAAAAAAUGUUCUUUCUUUUGUCUGUGCAGGACUAUUAUAAAAAUUUCCCUUUUGCAAACCUUAUGGGUGUUUACUCGGUGCUAUGACAUCCCAGCUGUAGUGUUACUGUAUGCCUCUGUUAUCUCUGUACUUUAAGCCCAAGGUUGUCCUCUCAGUCUUUGCAUUUAUCUGCAAUCUGCCUGCACCCAGACCACUGGAGCGGUGUGGUCUGGUACACUCUUGAACCACAAACCUGAUUUCCUAAAUCAGGCUUGGGGGAAAAAAAAAAGAAGCUGGAAACUGAGUUGGAAUGCAAUUAGCAGGUUGUAAGUCUUGGCCUUGGCUUUCUAUUCGCAAUUUGUUUCAGAGCAGUAUUAGCAUACCUUUGUGUUAAAAGUCAUAAAUAUUUAAGGCUACGUUGUGUUCCGAAACUGCAAUUGAGGCACAGAAACUAUUUCUUUGGUUCAUUCUUUCUUCAUUUGGGUUUGUUUGUUAUGUUGUUGAUUUUUUUUAUAUUUUCAGAGCUUCUUUGAACUCUGAAAUAUGUGUCAACCUGAGAGUGGCUAAAGCCCCCAGUGCAGAGCUUACAUUGAAAUAUCCAUAUUUAUCUUAAAGAGAAAUAACUCUUCCAAACCAGCCAGCUUUGGGGUUUUUUUUAAUGAAUCAUCUGGUUAAUUUGGUGUGUGCUGUUUGCUGAUAGUGAAACAGCUGUUUCCUGGCCAAACACUUUCUAAUGUGUGCAGACUAUCGUUUCCAUUAUUCUUUACAUCAAAGUAGUUAAAAAUAUUUGUUUAGUGAACUUUUGUGUUUAAACACACAUCAAAAGCUAGACCAACCUUUUACGUAUUUAUUUAUAAAGAGGAAGCAGGCUGAUGUAAAGCCUCCCUUACCCAGUGUUGGUCGGUAGGAAGGUUUUAACUAUCACAAGAGUUAUUUUGAAUAAUAAGCUUUGUGCUAGUUCUGAUAUUAUCUGUCAGUUUGUAGUUCUGCAUACCAGAGUCUAAAGCAUAUGUUAGCGUGUUAUUACAAUUGCAUAGCUGCAUCUCUGUGUUGGGCUUGACUUGACAAGAGCAUGUGUUCCUAGCAAAAAAAAGAAAAAGAACCAAAGCUCUCCUUGCUAGCGAAAGUUUUGACCAAGUGAGGUAUUAAGUUGUCAUCUGAAGGUGUUUAUUUUGUCAGUGAAGGAUGUGAAGUGUACUUAGAAUAUCCCAGAUUGCAUGAUCUGAGUAGUUAUCAUCUCCUUGCCUGUAUCAGUAUCUAAUUAAAAGAUUUCAUACAGUAUUAAAGCACACCAAUGCAAGCUUGAACAAACAGAGUUAAUAGUAGCAGUAGUCUUUUAGCCAGCAGUAAGAGGUGUGGGUUGCCCUCAGAAAUUAACUUUAAUAAAAUGUACUCCUCACUUCUUUGCUUUCUGCUUUUUUCUUCUCUAAUGAGCAUUAACUAGCAUCCCAAAACCAAUCUGAAUGAGAUGAAGUGGGAUGGGGAAGAGCAGCACAUGGAGCCUUUCAUCAACGGGAUAUCAAAGCCUUCUUCAGCUGAACCUGGGAGGAAUAUGAAUAUGCUUAUUUUGACGGUUGGGGCAGCACUGAGGGUAAGGAAUUUCUCCAGGCAAUUUCAAGCAAGGCUGGUUAAGGAUCUGCUGCUGCAAAUCCUUUCAUCAGUUUGUUCAAUCAUUUUUGAAUACAGUUAUCCCAUCUUGUUCAGCUUUUACUGAAUUUAGGUUUUUAUUUUUUUAUAUAAAAUGGACCUUGUCCUUUCCACAGUGGCAAUAAGGUGACAUUUUUAGACGAAGUGUCUUAGUUUGUUUGGUGUCGGCUUAUGCUGAGAAGUAGUAAGACAGUUGUGAAAAUUAUGUAGUGUCACAAGGUAUUUUAGCUGCAACCUGGAAAUUCUGCAGGGAAUUAACCCCCACUAACCUACCUUGUUUACUACCCAUUUCCAUUAUUCCAGAGCUGGGAAUCUUCCUGUGAGAGCUGACAAUGCACCUUUUUUUGAAUGAGAAUUCCACUGAUAUGCUUCCAUUCUGCAAAAAUUAGAUCCUUACUAGAGACAUAGGACCUCAGUAGUAGGAAUUGGUAAUACAACUCCAUAACUGCUUUAUUUGCUGCCAGUAUGAUUUUCUUUUUGAUUUAUGCAUCAGAUCUUUAAAGAAAAGUGUCUCGAGUUACAGUUCUAGAGAUGGGCAUGCCCCUUUUUAAUAUUAACAUGAUCUCAUAGUGCUAGAAUGAAAAGAAUAGAGAUUUGUUUCUCCACCCUGUAGAGAAACUGGUUGAAACAAUUUGCACAUCACAGAGAAGGCACUCACUGGAAGAUCUGGGCUGGGGCUUUGGUCUGGUGCCUUGUCUGAUAGCACAUUGCUCUACUGCGGCCCUACGGCUAGGUAAGCCAUCUGCUGAACCUCCAUCUGGUGGCCAACAGAUCAUUCAGAGCCUUCACUGCUUUCCUCCUUCUCACCCCCAGAAACUGGAAGUAGUCACCGAGCUGCUGUUUUACUGUUUUUCCUCUCUUUUGUGAACAAUAGCUAACCUUUCAAAGCAAACUGUGCACUGCAGCAAUCAUGGUGGGCACUGGUGUCAAUUCUGCAAAAGAGGAAGUUGACAAGUUUUUAAAUAAUCUUAAAUAUUCUUGCUCCUUUUAGGAAGGAGGGGCAGCUUAUGCAAUCACUUCUAUCUUCUGGGGAGGAAAAGGCUGAAUUUGGUACUUCCCUUGUCAGAACUUCUCAUCUUUGCAUACACUAAUAAAAAUACAAAUCCUGUGCCUUGUGACUUGUUCCAGAGGGACUCUGCAAAGGGCCAGAGUGGUGAUUUGGGCCUCGGAUGGCUGAGGCAGCAAGGCUAGCUUCAGCCUGAUGGCUGGCAGAGAAGAAGUGGAACCGUGAAAUUGUCAGGGAGCAAUGGAAAGUGUAACCUCACACAUUUUCUAGCCUGGCAGAAAGCUGAUUAAUAAUAUUAACUCCUGCUGUGCAGGUGUCUCAGCUGAUGUAAGAACAAGUGUUGUUUCCGUGGAAAGGAAAACAGCUUCAUCAGCAGAAUUGCUUGAGGAUGCCAGUCUCAUGUUUAGGCCCUAAACGUGUUUAUGUUACCCCAAGCACUGUGUGGCUGCCAUUUGCUCCUAUUAGCAACGUAGCAAUAGCUGUUCCCAAGACUUUCUUUCCCCCCAUGACAUGAAUACAUUUGCGUUACGGCUGAUGUAACAUGCACCAUCAGCAACUUUUCACGAGUUGCCUCUAUGUCAGAAGGGCCCUUUCCAUGCGGAGGUGCAGCAGCUUUGAUGUGGCGAUGUUCAGCUCGAGUUGAACCAAACCCAGAUUCGGCAGGUUCAAUCUGCUGUAGGCACAGCAAAGCUGAGACUGCAAUGGGGAGAGAUUUUAUGAUUUUUUUUUUCUUAAAGCUGUUUCGGUGGCAGCUCAGGAAGCACACAUUUUUCAGUUCUUAGAUGAAUAAGGUUCCAAAGAACAACACAUGCUAGCAGCGGGGAAACCUCUCUUGCAUAAACAGAAUGUAUCUUCCCAGAGGAGUAAACUGUGAGCUGGUAAAGGAUAAUUUCCACAAAAAUAAGUAUGCCUUGGUACAUCUUCAUGACAAUGGAAAACACUCCAUAUAGCAACCACCAGCUUGGUGGUGGUUCUGGGCUUUGGAAGACUGUUUUUGUGUUCUAUUCACCUGUGUGAAUUUUGGAGAUACCACUGAGUAAUGAGGAUGUAAUUCAAAAAUAUCAUUUUAGCAAAUUCCCAGAAUUCUCUUCCCUCCCCCUGUACAACUUGUGUGGCUCUAAUUUUAUAGCACUAUGACUUAUAUGGGAAGAACAGGUUGUGUAUGGAGAAACUGCUGUAAUAACCUCUGCAUGGUCAACACAGG